AUGGAAGCCACUUCCAAACCAAACCAUGUCCCUAUCUUCAUUCAAUGCACCAACUUCACAUAAAUUCCUAUGAUAAAUUCCUAUGUUUUCUAUCAUUACACUAUAGCAACAUCUUUUGAAGCCUUCUUACUUUUCCAAAACUAUGAACCAAUGUUCCAUUUUCUUCUCAUAUGUUUUGUCCUUCUUUAUCUCCUUCUAAAACACUUCCUCUCAAAACCUUCACCUAUUUACCUCAUUGAUUUCUCAUGUCUUAAACCACCAAACUAUUGUAGGGUACCUUUCUCAACAUUCCUUGAAAAUGCUUCAUUGUUUGAAUGUUUUGACAAUGAAAGCAUGUCUUUCAUGGAGAAAGUCCUUCAUUCUUCAGGCCAAAGUGAACAAACCUAUCUUCCUCCUUCACUACACUUCAUUCCACCAAAAACCCAUCAUUUAGAAUCCAUCAAAGAAUUUCACAUGGUAAUUUUCCCUAUCAUGGAGGAUCUUUUUGCAAAAACAAAAAUUUCACCUUUUGAAAUAGACAUACUUAUCUUAAACUGUAGUGGUUUUUGUCCUUCACCAUCUUUAACUUCCAUUGUUGUUAACAAAUAUGCUAUGAGAAGUGACAUUAAAACCUAUAAUGUUUCUGGUAUGGGAUGUAGUGCUAGUGCUCUAUGCAUUGAUUUAGCUCAAAAUCUUCUUAGAGUUCAUAAAGACUCUAAUGCUAUUGUUUUAAGCACAGAGAUUUUAUCUAAUGGUUGGUAUUCAGGUAAUGAAAAAUCAAAGUUGCUUAUUAACUGUCUCUUUAGAAUGGGAAGUGCUGCAAUUCUUCUCUCAAACAAAAAAGAAGCAAGUAAAAAUGCAAAAUAUUUGUUACUUAGGACACUUAGAACACUAAGAGCUUUUGAUGAUAAAGCUUAUUUUUCUGCUAUAAGGGAAGAAGAUUCAGAUGGAAAACUUGGUGUGACAUUGAAGAGAGAUUUACUUAAUGUAGCUGGUGAAACACUUAGAUCAAAUAUUUCAAUUUUGGGUUCUGAAAUAUUACCAAUUUCUGAGAAAUUUUGGUAUGGUGUUUCUUUGAUAAAAAAGAUGUUUGUGUUUAUGAAAUCUGAGGGAAUUUAUGUGCCUGAUUUUAAGACUGUGAUACAGCAUUUUUGUUUGCCAUGUUCAGGGAGAGGUGUGAUAAGAGAAGUUGGAAAAGGGUUGAGGCUUGGUGAGAGAGAGAUUGAAGCUGCUUUGAUGACAUUACAUAGAUUUGGAAAUCAAUCUUCUUCAUCUUUGUGGUAUGAACUUGCUUACUUGGAAGCCAAGGAAAAUGUGAAGAAAGGUGAUAACAUUUGGCAACUUGGAAUGGGAAGUGGUCCUAAGUGUUGUAGUGUUGUUUUGAAGUGUAAUAGGACAAUAUUUGGUGAGUAUGAGAAGGGACCAUGGGGUGAUUGCAUUCAUCAAUAUCCAAUGUAAGGUAGUAGUAUGAAUUCAUAAUUCUAUAGUUAGUUUAAUUUUAAUGUUAUGUUGGUGUAAGAAGUUUGAUAUUUUCUGCAAAUUACAAAUAUUUAUAUGUAUGAUUUUA